AUGGCAGAAGAGCGCUCCCGUCGUGGAUUGAAUCCAAAUGCGCGAACGUUUGUACCAAAUCCAAAUGCUCCUUCAUUUACUCCUGGUCAGCGUUUCAUAUAUAUGGAACCACCGCCAAUACAUCCGCAAGGUCCAAUACCAAAUUUUCAACGGCCUUAUCAACCUCUGUUUCAUUUAUAUAAUCAAUAUUCAAUAUUUUCCAAUGCUUCAAAAUGUUCUUUUUCAGAUGGCACUCGCAAGGAGCACGUAAAUAUUGUUUUUAUUGGGCAUGUUGAUGCUGGGAAAUCAACCAUAGGAGGUCAUUUAAUGUAUUUGACUGGAAUGGUGGAUAAACGAACUAUUGAGAAAUAUGAAAAAGAAGCCAAGGAUAAGGGUCGUGAAUCCUGGUAUCUUUCUUGGGCACUGGAUACGAAUGAAGAGGAGCGUGAGAAAGGGAAAACGGUAGAAUGUGGUCGUGCAUAUUUCGAAACGGCGAAAAAACAUUAUACGAUUCUUGAUGCCCCUGGUCACAAAUCGUUUGUACCAAAUAUGAUUAGCGGUGCAUCUCAAGCCGAUGUGGCAGUUUUGGUAAUCAGUGCUCGAAAAGGAGAAUUUGAGACUGGCUUCGAUCGUGGAGGACAAACGCAAGAGCAUGCUAUGCUUGUUAAAACAGCGGGUGUUAAAAAUUUAGUUAUUUUAGUAAACAAAAUGGAUGAUCCCACUGUCCAGUGGGAUGAAGAAAGGUUUAAAGAGAUUCAGAGCAAAUUAACUCCAUUUUUGCGAAGAUGCGGAUUUCCAAAAACUGAAAUUUCUUAUAUACCAGUUUCUGGAUUGACUGGCGCUUUCUUAAAAAAUCGUGAUGCUGCUGAUAUUUGCUUAUGGUAUAAGGGACCUUGUUUCAUUGAAUAUCUCGAUGCAAUGUUACCAUCGUUCUCAAGAGAUUAUGAUGGACCUGUGCGAGCAAUCAUAGCUGAUAAAUAUAGCGACAUGGGCACUAUUGUCAUCGGUAAGAUGGAAUCAGGAGUAAUUGCGAAAGGCCAAACGAUGACUGUUAUGCCGAAUAGGAUGAAUGUCCUAGUAAUACAGUUGUGGUCGGAUGACGUAGAAACGGAUAAAGUGCUUUCGGGAGACAAUGUCAAAUUGAAGCUAAAGGGUGUUGAAGAUACAGAUAUCCUGCCAGGUUUCGUGAUUUGUUCACCAGAUUCGCUGUGCCGUGUAGGCCGAGUGUUUGAUGCAGAGGUGUUUAUAUCAGAACACAAGUCAAUUAUCGCCUCUGGAUAUUCCUGUGUUCUUCAUAUACAAUCAGCUGUGGAAGAGGUGACAGUUAAGACUGUGAUAUGUACAAUCGAUAAAAAAAGUGGUGAAAAGAAGAAGGCGCGAUUUGUGAAGCAAGAUGAAAAAUGCAUCAUGCGGUUGGAAAGCGCUGAACCGUUUUGUAUGGAACCCUUUAAGGAUUUCCCACAAAUGGGUCGAUUUACUUUACGAGAUGAAGGUCGAACUAUAGCCGUGGGGAAGGUUUUGAAGGUGGUUGAAUAG